AUGACUGACUCCCAGGAGGGCUCGUGCCAGUGCACGACGCCUCUCCUCGAUGGGCAACCCCGUCCCUGCGGAAAGACUGGGAUGGCCGAUCUCCGCGCGGGAGGCUAAUUCCACCGUUUCUCGCUAGGGGGCGGGCGAGCCAGCUCGAGGCGUCUCGGAGCGGGCGGAACCGUUCGCGGGGGACUCUCUAUCCCCGCCCAGCCCGCUUUCCCAGCGCCUACACCCACUUCCGCCGCGCUUGCUUCGCUCUGUUGCGGCAAGCAGGCCGGGAGGCUCGACUGCCCGGAGGGUCUAUCAUCGGCUAGCAGGGCCCGGCUCGGCUCGGCCUGAGGAACCUGGUGAGAUGGCAGCGGCCGGCCCUUCCGGGAGCGGGAUGGCCCAGAAGACGUGGGAGAUGGCCAACAACAUGCAGGAGGCGCAGAGCAUCGAUGAGAUCUAUAAGUACGACCGCAAGCAGCAGCAGGAGAUCCUGGCGGCGAAGCCGUGGACCAAGGAGUAAGUGGGCGGGUGGGCAAAGCGGGGGAGGAUCUCCUCCCAGGCCCAGUUCAAAGGACUCGGCCCGGACCCCGGUGCUGUUUGGUCCCGGGAGAGGAAGGGCGAGGGGCUGUGAUGAUGAAGCACCUGCCCUAGAUAUUGCCUCUCAUGUAUGACUUGACAAGAAGAGGGUAGAGGUGGGUAAGAGGAAAGAUCAAAAUGCAAAACUCUGGACAGGUGCAGAUAAGAAAGAUUGCCUCCUGCAGAUCUUAAGAGAAGAAAAAGUAACAGGUCUUGACUCGUUUGUAAAGGUGGGGUGAGCGAGGGGAGGCGGGGAGUCAAAGAUAAAUCCAAGGAAAGUAGAAAUGAUGGGUAAAUGCCCCAUAUCAACACACAGACACGGCAUGACUCCUUCAUUUUGACACUGAGUGAAGGCAAGGGGGGGUUAUGAAAUGGAAAAACAAGCAGCCUCCCAAGAACAAAUGUUACUAGCAAAUGAAACGUCUCAAAAUGUUGCAUGCUGAAAAGUGAAAGGCCUUUUCUGGGGGGAAAUAAGUAACUCGCACACUUCUGGAACUCCCCCUUCUCACAGUUUUCUAAGUAUUCCCAAAUGUGUGAGGGGUCAAACAGUCAUUUGCUCUUAACUGAACAAAUUGGUAGAAGCAGGGUUCUGUACCUGGGUUUCUCACAUCCACACAAUUUACUGCUGUACAACAUAGGUUGCUUGUUACAUUAAGAGAAAAACAUUUUGUUCUUUUGAAAUCUGGAUCUAUUUUAUUAGUUUGAAAUAUUUAUUUGCCACCCUAUAACCAUGUUCUCGGGGUGCCUUACAACAAAUAUAAAGGCGAUCAAAAUAUGCAUAAUAAAUCUAUAAAAUAUAUAACAUUAAAAAUUCAUAGCUCUAGUGAUAAUGAUUUUUUUGUAGCAGUAACAGAUUUAAAGGCCUGGAACAAUGAAAACGUUUUACUGAAAUGACAUCAGAUUAGGCAUGUGGUGAGCCUCUUUGGGGAGAGCAUUUUAUAGCCAGGGUACCAUAAAUGAAAACACCCUUUUGCCAGUAGCUACCACAUGCACCUCCGGAAGAAGGACCAUAGAAGAUCUUAAGGUUUAAGUAGGUGCAUAUGGGUAUGUACUAUACUGUUGAGUAUAUCUGUAACCUCUGUGUUUAGCGAGUGCCUUUCUCCAGCUUCACCUAGUUUGCCAUCUAUACCUGACCACUACAGUCCUUGUAUUGAUAACCUCAAGACUGGAUUACUGCAAUGUGCUUUAUGUGUAGGGCUGGCCUUGAGCCUGGUACUGAAACUCCAGCUAGUGCAGAGUGCAGCAGCUAUGGCCAACAGAAUUUGACACAUUUGCUAAAAUAUUUGGCAGCCCACAUGCUGCCAAGCCAGGUUCAAAUUUCUUGUACAGUAGUCCUAUAUAAACCCUGAAGAAAUUGGGUCCAAGAUACCUUAAGGACUGCCUGAGGCCUUACAUCUCAGUUUGAUCACUAAGAUCACCCUGAGAAGUGCUGUUAGUUGUCCUCUUUGUUACAGAUGCCCAACUUAAUUCAACUAGAAGUAUUUAGUGUCCCUGGUCCCAUGUGAAGAUUCAGCAGACAUUCUCACUGCUAACUUUCAGAUGUCUCUCAAAGAUGUUUUUAUUAAGAUAGUGCUUUACAUUCAGUGAUUUAAAUUUUCCAAAGGUGGGCCAGUCAUUUUUGUGAUUAUUUUGUAUUUUUUAUGGUGGCAUUGUUUUUUAUUGCAUCUGCAUACUGCUAUACACCACCUUGAUAUUUUAUAUCUGGUUGAUUUAAAAAAGUUAUUUUUUAUAAACAAAAUCUUAUCCAGUAUCAUUUUAUUGAUUCUGAGUUUCAGGGUGAGCUCUCUUGCCUUAAAUCGUUUAUUGUGUUUUGUGUUUCUUCUUGUCGUUCUCUGUCAUAAUAGAUAUUGUUCUGAGCUCUUUUUUUAUUAUUAUUUAUUGCAGUCACCACUAUUUCAAGUACUGCAAGAUCUCUGCUCUGGCCCUCCUGAAGAUGGUCAUGCAUGCUAGGUCAGGAGGCAAUUUGGAAGUGAUGGGCUUAAUGCUUGGAAAAGUGGAUGGCGAAACUAUGAUUAUAAUGGACAGCUUUGCUUUACCAGUCGAAGGCACUGAAACACGAGUUAAUGCUCAGGCUGCUGCAUAUGAAUAUAUGGCUGCGUAUAUAGAAAAUGCAAAGCAGGUAAAAAGGGAAGACUGAUUUCCUUUUAGCAAGUUAGCAAGUUAAAACUGUUUAUAAUCACAUCUGGGAUUGGAGACACCUCAGUUUAUAAUUUAUGAACAACAUGUGUUGCCCUUGAACCCCAAUAUGCUGUCACUUACACCACCAGUUGAGUAUAAGUUUGGAUCAGAUUUAGUUCAGAUACAUUUUUCUCCUCUAGUUACCUUGUUGAAGGGCUUCAGUGUUGUGUUUCUUUAUGCAUUUUCUUACUGCUUAAUUUUCUCCAUUUUAUGUACAUCUUGUCUUAGAAUUAAAAAAAAUAAUAAUUUCUUCAAUUUAAUUUCUGCUUUUGUUAAGUGAACAACAAGCUCAUUAUUUGCAAUAAUAAUAAUACGGUAGCUUCUGGGCUUCCUGCCUGGCCAUCUUUUUCAGAAAACAAUUUUGGAGUAGAUGGGCUUUGUGUCUGAUCCUGUAGGACUUUUUAUGUUCAUACAUGGCUUAAUUUUGAAAUAUCUGCAGUUUGCCAACUGUCCAAAAGAGGGCAGUAUUCACAAUGAUUAAAUUCAGUUUAACCUGCUUUCUUCCUCUUUCCCUUUUUUAAAAACUUUGGUUAGGUUGGUCGAUUAGAAAAUGCAAUUGGCUGGUAUCACAGCCACCCUGGCUAUGGCUGCUGGCUUUCAGGAAUUGAUGUCAGUACUCAGAUGCUUAACCAGCAAUUUCAAGAACCAUUUGUGGCUGUGGUUGUAAGUAUAUAUUGGAAUUCAAGCAAAUUAAAUACUAAAUAGACAGUAAAUUUAAUUUCUAUAGCUAUAAAAAACUGGAUGGCGUUUUACCUAUUACCGUUUUUUUUGUAACCAGGUAACUCCUAUUAAAAAACUGUUCACACUACUUGGAGACCUUUCUAUUUCUUAUAUAUUGGAUGUAAUUUCUUUUAUAUCUUGUUCUAUUGAGCCAUAAACUCAGCUGCCCUUUUCAUUUGAUCACAACUAAUUCAAGUCAGUAUUUGCAGGAUCAGUUUGUAACAUUGGAAAACUAUGCAUAUACUGAAUUGCCUAUCACAGGGUAAGAACUUCUCAUUGAUUAGUUGAAGACAUGCUCAUGGGAGCAGAUUCUUCUAUUAAAACAAAUUAUAUUUACAUUUUAAGAGUCUUGUGUGCAGGAGCUAAAAUGAAGAAGGAUAAGGCUUCCCGAAUUCCCUAACUCCUCUGCUGUCCGUAUGGACAUUGGAGUAUUAGGGUCCAUUGCUCCCCUUUCCAGAGUUCCCCUGUUCACCAGAGAGAAUUUUGUUACUUACACCAUAUGAAGCAGAACCAAGAAUAGCUCUUGUUAUUACACUUGUUCCUACAACUAAGACUGUUUUCAAGAUAGUCUUUAAUCAGGAGAACCGUAUGUCUAAAUAAUUGCUUGGGAGAGUUUUAAGAAGCAUAAAGCAGGAGACAGGUCUAUUGUUGGCUGGGAGGUGGGUACCAAAUUUAGCCUCCCCAGCCUGUUUUUACUGCUACUGCACCUGAAGAACAUCAGCUUGCAGAGAAGCUAGAAGGUUGUGGCCAGUUAGUGCUACAACUGUAGCUGCUUCAGAAGCCUAUUUAUUUGGAGGCUGUUGGAGUGGCAGGUUGCUUGCUACUGGUGGGCCUGACCUGGUGAUCAUGUGAUGAGGGUGGACACACCCACCUGGCGGAUUAAUUGAUGGUGGACUUGCUCCUAGGUGUAAGAUUGGAGAUGGGGCAGGAGUUAUGUGAGUAAGCCUGGCUUCUAAGUAAGAGGAUGAAUGCUGGAUAACUAUGUGGAGAGAGGAUGAAUGCAGUUCACAAAUGCAUAUCUAGUACAAUUGGUGGGCAUUUGGUAAUUAUGCAUUCAUUGUUUUUUUAUUGUAUUUUUCCUUUGCCUAAAUAUUCUAUUCACCGCUUAAGGGGCCUUAGGGCCAAAAAGCAGUGUAUAAAUCUACAACAGCAACAAAAUUAUCUUGCAGUAUUUCUAGACUUUCAACUUACAUUGUGGAGUAUCCACUAGAAAACAGUUGUAAACUUUUUAACAUAUUGGGGUAGUAGCCAGUAUUUGCUCAAACCUCUCCAUUGUGGGCAGCUGUGUCAAAUGGUGCUACAGUAGAGAAAGAGGGAAUCAUUCGAAAUUGGGCUGAAGAAUCUUGCACCAAUGGAACAGUUUCUUCUAUUGAUUUCAGGUAGUUCUCUCAUCAUAUUGCAGCCCCAUAUGAAACGUCCCACAAUGUUCAGGAGGUUUUCAGGAAAGACUUUAUUGGAGGCGGGAGAGGAGGCAAGAUUAGUUGUGCAAGCUUCCAUUUAUUCAUGUAACCACUAAGUACGACUCAUAGGCCUUUUUCACUGCUCCAUUGAUGUCAUAAUCUAAACCAAGGCUUUUCCUCAAGGAAAUGACAGUUUAAGCCACUAAACUAGAAUCUUUGACUUUCUACAAAAGUCAUAUUAUAUUGAUAUUUUUUGGACAGGUCCUAAUCAUUCUACUAUAAAGGAUAAUGUGAUUGGAAUAAUGCCCUUGAUCUAUAUCAGUGAUGUCCAACCCUUUCUCCCCCCAAAAAGCUCAAAGACUUUGGCCUCCCCCCCCAAAAAAGCCCCCCCAAGCUCCUCCUCCCUCCAAUGGCAAUGGGUAGAUCACUGCCAGUUUUUUUAUACUGGGAGUAGCUCGCAGUCUCUUGGGAGUUGGACAUGCCUGAUCUACAGUUAAGAAAAUGGUGUUCAGUUGCUUCUUAGAGUGCAUUUUGUACAGUAAUUCUCACAUCAUUUUACAGAUUGAUCCAACAAGGACAAUAUCUGCAGGAAAAGUAAAUCUUGGAGCUUUUAGAACAUAUCCUAAGGUAACAAUAAUUAUAUAACCAAAUGUAUAUGAUGUAAGGAUCCACCCUAUGGAUUUAUUUUAUUUAUUUAACAAAAUUUAUAUACAGAUUGAUUGUAAGAAAACAUAACAUUCCAAAUGCUUUUUAUUGAUAAUUAAAAUUAUCAAGCAUCUAAAAAUAUUCAAAAGGUUGUUAAAAUCAAUAGUAGCUAAAAAUAUAUAAAACACAUGUAACUUCUGCAGGUCUGUGUAGGCUUGCUUAAACAAAAAUGUUUUCAGCAAUUGCCAAAAGAAUACAGUGAAGGUGCCUGCCUGAUGUCAACAGGCAGGAAGUUCCAAAGUGUAGGUGCUGCCACACUAAAAUAGUGAUUUCUUACAAGGGCAAAAUGAGUAUUAUGUGGCACCUGUAAUCGUGCCAGUUCCACAUAUGAGAGCAGUGUACUGGGCAUAUCUAGGGUAAGGGAAUCCCACAAGAAAACUGGUCCCAAGCUGUUAAGAGCUUUGUAUACUAAAAGCAACACUUUGAACUUGGCCCUGUAGCAAAUGGACAGUCAUUGCAGAUCUCUGAGCAGAGGUAUUAUAUACUGACAUGGUCUCACUUCUGCCAGCAGCCAUGCUGCAGCAUUCUGCACUAAUUCCAGCUUUCAAAUCAAGUGCAGGGGAAGCCCCAUGUAGAGUGCACUGCAGUAAUUCAGUCUUGAAGUCACCAAUGCUUGAACUACUGUAGUCAAGCUCUCCUGGUCCAUAGUUUUCACAGCUGGGUAAAAGGCACAUUAGCCACUGACAGUGCCUGGGCCUCCAUUUACAGAGUGGAUCCAGAAGCACCCUAAAUAUAUAUAUACCUGUUCCUUUAGGAGGAAUGCAACCCUGUCCAGGACAGGCAGUUGACCAAUUUAUCAGACACAACAACUACCACUCGUCCACAGUGCCUCUGGGUCUUGCCAGGAUUCAAGCUCAACUUAUUUUCCCACAUCCAUCCCACCAGUGCAUCCAGACACCAUCCCAUGGCCAGCAUGGCCUCUCUUGAUUCAGAUGUUAUGGAUAAAUGAAGCUGCGUAUCAUCAGCAUACUAAUGGAAAAAUCUGGAUCUGUUUAUAUGAAAAGAUGUUGCCUUACAACUUCAGUAUCAUAAUUUGUUUCUUUAUCUUUCAGGGCUACAAGCCUCCUGAUGAGGGCCCUUCUGAAUAUCAGACUAUCCCACUUAAUAAAAUAGAAGACUUUGGUGUGCACUGUAAACAGUAAGGAAUUAUUUCCUCAUAGAUAGAUUUCAAAAUGUUUUCCAGCUUGGAAAGAAAUGUUUGAAAAGAUUUGUGAAAGAUUUGUGAAAUUACCCAAGGCUUCCUGGAUAGUCAUAUAUUGAGGGGGGCGGGAGGUAUGUUUUCCUUUUGAAACAAAAAGAGGACAGUUGCUCACUAACAGACAAGAGGUUGAAUCCAGACUUCCUCUCUGAAUGGAGUUUUUCUCAUGGAAUACUCCACUGGAAGAAGGGGGAGGAGGCAAUUUUCUCCUAUUUCUUCUCCCUGUAAACUCCAGUGCUCCCGAAAAGGUUGGUCCAGAAGUGAGGGGGUACUCUGUAGAACAGCAUUCCCAAUGCAAUGUGAGGAAAUUUUAUCAACAAUGUGUUGCUUAAAUGAGUUUUAGUAGAAAAGUUGUCCUGGGCAGUUUUUCCUCAAGAAGCAUUAAACUUGAUAAAAGUUUCCCUGCAGCACAUUGAGAACUAUAUCUAAUAUGCAGCUGUCCACUGUUUUGUUUUUGGAUUUUUCUAUGGCUGUUGUUUAUCCCUUCUCCACUUCUGUGUAGGUGUUUUUUUGCCCUAUUCAAAGCUCAGGGGAGGGGUUAUGGUGAUAGUUCAGUAUCCACAAUACAAUCAUUCUGGUAUAUGUUUUGAGCAUAAGACUACUGUGUGGCACUUUGUGGAACCAAGGCACGAUUGAUAUUGCAGACAUGAAAUGAUCCCUUAAAUACUAUCAUACUGGGUGUACUGGACUGUUUUAGAAUAGAGGUAGAGAACCUAUGGCUCUUCAACUCCUGUCAUUCUGGCUAGGGCUGAUGGGAGUUGGAGUCCAGCAGCAUCUGGAGGACCACAAGUCUCCCCACUUGUUUUAAAAGGAAAGAUGAUAUUGUUUCUUGGCCACAUUUAUGUUCUUGGGAUUUGUCUAUAUUUGAGAGUUUUUUAAAUGUAACAUUUCAUUGUGCAGUUCAUGUUGAAAGUUGUUCAUAUACUUUUUUUUGCAAAACAGGUAUUAUGCUUUAGAAGUCUCCUAUUUCAAAUCUUCUUUGGAUCGCAAGUUGCUUGAGCUUUUGUGGAACAAAUACUGGGUGAACACACUAAGUUCAUCUAGUUUGCUUACUGUAAGUAUCUUCAUGACUUUUAAACCUGAUCAGUAGGGUGUUCCAAAAAUAAGCACUUUGGAGUUUCUUUCUGUAGGCUGGAAGAUAAAACGAAACAGGAACAGAGAGGUAUAUGGAAGUGGAACCCAAGAGAAGCCUGUGCAGUGUACAUGUUCCUGUGCAAGUGAUCUUGUAUCCAAUUACAAAUCAGUCAGCACAAAUCUGUUGCAAACUUUAUGUUGAAUCCAUUGCAAGGAAAGAAGCUGGAAAGAAGCCAACUUUCUUCCCUCCAACUUUUUGCAUCUUUUCAGAGAGUGCUGUUUAUCUUGUCUAGCAACUAAAUAUUCUAAAUUUAAUUUCUUACUGGCUACUGCUAAAAGACAGAGUAAACUUUAAAAGAACUAAAGUGCUUUAAAUGAAUUUUAAUUACAUUAUUGCCUUACGCACAAAACAAAGUCUAGCGGUUGUAAAUGUUUUAAAGGUGGUUACUUGCUCAACAUAUACUGUUCCAAUUAGAAGCAUUAAUGGCAGUUAAAGAAAUGUAAAAUCUUAUCUUCCAAAUGCAGAAUGCAGACUACACUACUGGACAAGUAUUUGAUCUAUCAGAGAAAUUAGAACAAUCAGAAGCCCAACUGGGUCGAGGAAGUUUCAUGUUGGGUUUAGAGUCCCAUGACAGAAAAUCAGAGGACAAACUAGCCAAAGCAACAAGGGACAGGUAAGGUCUUCUCCUUAACUAUAUGAUUUCAGAACAUAAAUUAUAUUAUGAUUAAAAUCACUUUAAUCACUUCCUGUGGGUUGUUGAGACAUAUCACUUGCCAGUUUCAUGGAUUACUGAGUUUUCUUUUUAAGUCUUUGGAGCUCCUAGAUGUUCCACCAUUCCAUUUGUUCCACCAUUUUUCUUUUUAUGUUGUCUUUAGAAUAUAAGCUUAAGUAAGUAUGAGGAGAGAUUGACACAAUGGAUCUAUAAGUGGAUCUGUGCUGCAACUACACUUGGAAUACUAUGUCACCUCAAAAAGGUUAUGGUAGAGUUGGGAAAGGUUCAAAAAAAGACAACCAAAAUGAUCAGAGGGAUUGAGGAUCUUUCCUGUGAAGAAAGGUUGCAACAUUUGGGGCUUUUUCAGUUUAGAGAAAAGUGGAGACAUGAUAGAGAUGUAUAAAGUGAGGCAUGGUGUAGAGAAAGUGGAUAGAGAUGUUUUAGCAUUAGAACUUUUGGACAUCUAACAAAACUGAGUGUUGAAAGAUUCAGACAAGAGAAAGUGCUUCACAAAACACAGUUGAACUGUGGAGUUCACUUCUACAAGUAACAAUGGCCCCUACCUAACAAGAGAGGCUUUAAAAGAGGAUUAGACAAAUUCAUGAAGAAUAAGGCUAUAUCGGCUACUAGCUAUGAUGGCUAUGUUCUCCCUCCACUAUCAUAGGUAGUAAGCCUCUGAAUAUCAGUUGCUGGGAAUCAUAAGUGAGGAUUUGGUGAAUCCUCAUGUCCUGCUUUCGGGCUUCUCACAGACAUCUGGUUGGCCACUGUGAGACGAGGAUGCUGAGAUGGACCAUUGCCCUGACCCGCAGGCUUCUCUUACGUUCUUUAGUGCAUGCCAACAUGCAACUUCAGUGUAUAUUGAGACAAUAUACUACUUCUCCAUGUAUCUGUCUCAGAUCUUUAAACUACUAUUGACAUAGUACAAUAGCUGACAUUUUUUAUUUUUUUUAGAUUUGAGGUGUCAGACACAUAAUGUCUGAAAUUGUAUGUUUCCAUAUAAAGCAUGUUUGAGUUCACCUUUUAAAACAAACAGUUCAGUCAACUAUCAGACGCUAUGUCUGCCUUUUCAUAACUGGAUGGUUGUAGAGAUUCAUGGGGUUAUGGGCACCGUGAGCUUCUUAGACAUCUGAAUAACUUGUAAUAUAGUGACAGAAUUGCAUUUAGCCAACUUUAAAUUUAUGCCUUUGUUUUUCCCAAGCUGCAAGACCACCAUAGAAGCAAUACAUGGAUUGAUGUCUCAGGUUAUUAAGGACAAACUUUUUAAUCAAAUUAACAUUGCUUGA